GACACAGCAGCAGCAGCAGCAGCAGCAGCGGGCUGAAUGAGCCUCCCCUCCCGCCCGCUCAGAGCUGUCAGCAGCCGCUCUGAGGAGACUUCAUGCGGGUCUCCCAACCUCCAGCCGCCACCCCGAGGGACCGAGACCUCUGUCAGCAGGCAGCAUGGCCAAAAUGAACAGCGGAGCGUCCGGCUGUCGGGCCAUGGUGAAGGCAGGAAGGUUUCUGGCGGGCUCGUGUCCCGCGGCUCCGACCCGGAGCUCCGGCCAGCGUCAGCGGAAGAUGUUCGGUCCUCAGCGGCGAACGAUGAGCGGUGACGCGUCCGGAGCGGGAGGAAAGACCGCGGCUUUGGCCCAGCAGGAGCAGCUUGUCCCCGCCGCAGACAGAAAUGUGCUGGGUAACCUGAAUCUGAUUUACCGGGACGUGAAGGCCUUUCUGAAUGAAGUCGGUGGGAACCCCCGGGAGGCUCGGUACUGGCUGACCCAGUUCCAGAGAGCUGCCUCGGCUCAGUCUCCGGCCUUCGCCGUGCUGGAGGUGGACAGCUCAGUCUUCUCCAGCAGAGAGAUGGUUCAGAGCCUGGCCUUCGGGCUCUCCUUCCUGCAGCGGAUGGAUAUGAAGCCUGUGGUGGUGAUGGGCCGGUCUGAGUACGAGGAGACGGGGCCCACGGAGCCGGUGGCCGGGUCUCAGUGCACCCAAGGGCUGGUGGAGCGGAGCCAGCAGCUGACCGAAGCUCUGCAGAGACAUUCAGCCACUGUCCUGCCGCUGUUCUCUGCUGAGUCCUUCCUCCUGCUGCAUGAAGCGCCACGUGGGAGCAGCGCUCCACCCUCCGUCACUGUGGACACCAGCCUCCUCCAGUGGAGUCUGAACUGCGGGACGAUCCCAUUGGUUUGUCCGGUGGGGAGGGACGGGCGAGGCUGCUCGGUAAUGCUGGACCCAACGGAGGUGACGGCUGCAAUUUCCCGAGCUCUGCAGCCCCUCAAAGUCAUGUUCCUGAACAACUCAGGAGGUCUCCGCAGCCAAGAAAACAAGGUGCUGGACAUCGUAUCGUUGCCUAGCGACCUGCCCAGUCUGUCCAUGGCGGCGUGGCUGAGCGCUGUGGAGCGGCGCAGAGUGAACGCCAUAGCCCGACUGCUCAAUCAGCUGCUGACUGAGUCCUCUGCAGUGAUCACGUCCGCCGACACGCUGCUGACAGAGCUGUUCAGCCACAGAGGGUCAGGGACGCUCUUUAAAAAUGGAGACCCCAUACACCGGUACAGCUCCCUGGAUGAGAUCGAUGUUGAGCGCCUGCUCGCUCUCAUCAACAAGUCGUUUAAUAAAACUCUGAGGCGAGACUACAUCGACUCGCUGAAAGGACGACUGCACUCCAUCUACCUCUCCGAAGGCUACAGCGCGGCAGCCAUCGUCACCAUGGAGCCGGUGAACAGCGGCACUCCCUACCUCGACAAGUUUGUGGUGAGCAGCAGUAAGCAGGGUCAGGGCACCAGCCACAUCCUGUGGGAGUGUAUCAGACAGGACCUGGGCAAACUGUUCUGGAGGUCUCGAGCCACCAACAGGAUCAACCCCUGGUACUUUAAACAUUGCGAUGGCAGCUUUGUUAACGGGGUGUGGACCGUCUUCUGGUUUGGUCUGACGGACAUCAGAGAUUCCUACGAGCUGGUGGAGUACGCCAAGAACCUCCCCGACUCUUUCCACAUCUCCUCAGGGUCCUGAGCCGUCGCCACCUCCUCCUCUUCCUCCUCCUCCUCCUCCUCCUCACAGCUGAUGGUCGUGUAGCUCUUUAACUCUGCUGUGGACAUUGAUUUCUUAGUUUUGAUGUGACUGGACUUUUUUGUUCUUGGGUUUUUCUCAACCUUGAAACUUGAAAACCAAAGUGACAGUGAGGAUUUCACACGUGCCGUGUUUAGACAAACUAUUCAUGAGCCUCUGUUUCUGAAGUUGGGGUUAGCUCGAGGUGUUGCAGUGAUGAGAGGGUUUCAGAGGCAUUUCCACGUUACUAACAAACACUAACACACACAGGUUGUUAAACUGGAAAAGGCAACAUUUUUCAUACAGACAGAACUGGUGCUGUCCAGACUGGAGAAACCUUGCCCCAUUCAAACAGGACUGGUAUUAACAGGGGACCUCAUGUGGUUUAGAAAUGACCCCUCCAUGUCUGUGUGUCUCAUGUGCUGCAUUAGCACAGGAUAAGCUAAGUCAUGAGAUGAACCUCCUUAAUUUGCACCCAAAAUGCUGUCAGAACUUUAAUUUAUAAUCACCUCUGUAAGUUUUGACCAGGAAAGAGGUGGAAACAAGAAACAGAGAAAAUGAAUCCUGGCCAAAAAAAAAAAAAGACCCCAUAUCACCGAGAUGCUGAUGAGCACGUGUUACCUUCAGUGAGUAGCCUCGAAGACAAGGGUGGUAACAGUGAGUUUAAACCAGGGGGGGAAAGAAUCAAGGGAAACAGAACUAUAAAAAAUGAGAGCCCUCUGUCUGUACCCUGCGUUUAUUUCAUCUGUAUUUGUGCACGUUGUCUGAAAGCUUAGUGAUACAGAUGAAACGGAGCAGUACCACCAGAGAUCGUGGAGGCAGUGCAGUGGCGGUUCCAGCACAUUUGGUGCCUUAUAGGAGCUGGAUUAGUUCAAGUUUCUCACCAAACGCUACAUUUUACAAGACUGCAUUGAACACAUCAUGCCACAAAUAAGUUGAUAAAAUGUGCAAAAAAUGUUCAUUAAAUAUCAGGAAAAUAUUAAUAAACUGUCUAAGAAAAUGUUA